GAGCAAAGAGAAUUUAGGCUUUUGGCGAACCAAACAAAUUUGGUUAGAAUUUAUAAUUUCCAUGUGACAAAUUGUUGUUGCUAGGAGGUUUUGAUUAAAUACUUACGACAUUAACCGAUGUUUGACAAUGGAUUUUGCAAGAAAACAACUGGAAAAGUAUGGCUGGUCUGACGGCAAGGGCUUGGGAAAGAAUGAGGACGGCAUAUCACAAGCUUUAAAACCUAAACUGAAACGAAGUGUGGCAGGUAUUGGACAUGAUGCGGCGGCAGACUUUACCGAUCACUGGUGGUCGCAGUUAUAUGACAAGGCAGCAAAAAAUGUAGAGGUUGAAGAGCAAAAUGGUAAAACAAAGAAAAUCAAAACAAAAGAAGCGGGGGAGUUUGAAAUUACAAACUGUAGUUGGAAAAUAAAAGGAAAACAUAGAAACAUAAAUACAGCAGAGCAGUAUAAAGAUUUUUUUAUUAAAAAAGCUAUCUUAGAUAAAGGUGGGGUUAAAGUAGAGAAUGUUUCUGAUGCUGAAUCGGAGGAUAAGGAGAUGGACAAGGGCUUUGUUGUAAAAAUGACAGAUGAGGAGUUGUUUGCAGCAUGUGAGGGGAGAACUGCACACAAGGGUGCUCGUCAUGGACUUAAAGCUACUGGAAAAUUAGCAAGAAUAGCACAACAGGAGCAGCUGCUUUUGAGUCAACCGCAGUAUAAUGGUUACUCACAUUCUAAGAAUCUUAGUAAAGAAAAAGUGUCUUUAGAUGAUCUUCAAGUAGUUGAAGAUAUAAACCUUAAUAGUGAUGCUGAGGUUAAUAUUACAAAGAAGAAGAAAAAGAAGAGAAAACGUUGUAGCAGUGUAAAUAACAGUAGCAACAUAGACUCUGAUCAGAAUGAGGUUGUGCCUGAUGAAAAAGAAAUUGUUAGCAUUAAAUAUAAUCAUGAUACUAGUAGGAAAACUAAAAGGAAUAAGAAAAAGUUUGACUCUGAUGGUUAUAGUGAAUUUCCAUCAGAUGUUUAUAAAAGUAAGAAAAAAAAAACAAAUUUGAAUGAUAUUGAUAAAAAAAUUAAAGAUGAAAGCUGACUGAAUUGUUUAAAAGUGUAUGAUUAAGUAUGUACAUACAAUUAUUUAUGAACUUAAAUAGUGUUCAUAUUUUUUCCUUGCGCCACACACUGAUUACAAACCCCAAUUUUGUGUCAUUAUGUUUUAUUACACUAUUCAAUAAUUUCAAGCAACACAUUUUAAGCUUUUAUACUUAGUAUAUAAAUAUAUGUAUGGAAUAGUUGUUAGUAAUGAAGUCAGUUAAAAACUAAAACAGAUUUUGCUGGUAAAAAAAAAAAAAAAUUUGGAGGAAAUACCUUAAUGUUAGUUGUUUCAUUUUCAAUUGUAAGUAACCGGU